UUUUCUAGCUUUAACUUUAACAGUAGGCUAUCUACUACAGUUACUUCCAUUUAAAUAGCUAUGAAAAGGAGCAGCACACAUGGGUCUGGAAGCGCGUUUUGUAAAAGUUGAAGACUUUUAAAGGUUGUUAAAAAAAACAACGCGUAUGUGCGCGAGAGACCGAAUGAAAACAUUGAGACGCGACGCAACGGCCGUAGUUGUUAGUCUCUCGCUCGUCUAGAUUGACCGACACUUAAGACGGACUGUAAAUGACCGCUAAACACGUCCUGGGUGAAAAGGCCUUUAAGUUUAAUAUGUUUGAGAAGCCUCGCCGAACCCACAACAUUCGCAGCGGUUUGGUAAAGGGAGGCAGGCGCUCUCUGACAGCGCGCUCAGCGUGAAGAAGGCGUAUCAUUACUCUCAGUCAUGAGGUUCCUCUGCUCGGGAGUGUUUUUAAUCAACCGUGGGGCUCAGCAGCUUUGAGAAGAAGAAAGAAGCCUUCAGAGAAACUUUUCACUCUGUUUUGAUACCCGGACCGUUCAAACGAGUCUUCACAACCAGCUCUGACGCACGUCGAAUUCGCUUUUCCACGACCAUGUCAUGAAGCGUUUCUCAGAUACGCGCGGUUUAACACAGCGCGUCGGAUUCCUGAACUGCGCGUUUGAGCGCUUGUCGCUCGACUGCGCGCCGUGAUCCGGAGGGAUGAUGUGGGGACCAAACGCACAUUCCCAAUGGUAUGUGUCUUGACUCUAGCCAGGAACAUUUGUGCAGAAGUGGGAAUGCUUUUCCGUGGGAUCUGGACGCUCCGCCGGAGGUGCUGCACAGGUCCCCUUCUGCUGCUGGGGAUAGCGGUCGGGCUGUUUUACCACACUGUGACUGUGGACCGGGACAGAACUGAGCUCAAGUCCAGUCAACGGGACCAAAGGAACAAAUCUGCGGUGUUUGAUCAUAAACUACUCCUCAAGAACCCAGAGAGACUCACAUCUCUACUAGAAGCAUCACAGACAGAUAGUUUUGUUCAUCAUUCUAAGUGCAGAUGUGCUGGAAAAGCCAUUAUUCUGACAGGCCAACGUGCUCCGACGGACACUGAGGUCCAGUUGUACCAGAGAGUCCUACAGCAGCAGGGGUAUCAAGUGGAUCAGGCCCGUUACGCAGAGACCAGCGCCUCACUCAGACAGGGCAGAAGAGAUGGAAGAGACUGGUCUGUCUUAAUAUGCCUAAAGGGCUCUGAAAAAAGUUGCCUGCGAAAAAUCAACUUCGCCCAUCCACAGCACCGCCAAAGGGUUAACAUAAUACCAGCCUUUGCAGGAGUGUUUCUGGACAUGGGCGGAGUCUGCCGGUUUCUGACGGACAGCCAGUUGUCAGGAGUGACAUUACCAAUACGUCCUUCUGCCUGCGCUUUUUCCACAUCUCCACAAGAGGGAACCCCAAAUGCUGCUGAAGAUGAGUGGAGGCGGCCAAUCACACUCAGCUAUUCGGACAUUCAGAGCAUGAAUGCCACCAUAAACGUAUACGUCUUGGUUACUUCGGCAACACCGCUGACCGCUUUUGUCCACCGCACAGCCUUGGUCAAACCCCACUUGGAUAAAACUAGUUAUGCCACCGAGUUGCAGGUAUUCUUUAGAGAAAGACUGGGUCCUGUUCUCUCUCAUAAGGCCAUUGAACACAUGAAUCACGUCAUCAGUGACAUCCUGAAAGCUGCUUUAUUAACCACAAAGGACAGCAGCUCCUCGUCCAGGUGUCAGCUGUGUUUUCAGUUAAUGACCUUCUCAUUGCACUAUAACUCUUCUCUUCAUCCGGUAGUGGUGAAGCUUCAGACUGAUCUACACUUUGACGGAAUGAAGGACCCUCACUUUGACGGACAGAUAGCCAAAGAGUAUAUGCUGGAGGAUGUGUUGAAACUGCUUUUCCCAGCAUGCAGCAGCGAGGCUGUGGAGCCUAGUUUGCCAUUUAGAACAAAGGAAGAGAACCAAAAGUACAGUGACUGUGAAGGGCCAAACGCUCUGUGUCUGCCUCCAGAUGAGAUGCAUUUAUUGCAACAGUUUAAUCAGCACCUCAAGAGACCAGGACCCUUUCAGCUGCUCUACCCUACAUGUCCUCUUCCUGACGAUCCUCAGCAUGAUCUAAUCCAGACAGAGUCCCUCAGCGCACAGGAUUAUGGAUGGAGACCAGCUCUCAUGGCCCUGCUCCAAGAGCUCAGCCUUUACUACACGAGAAAACAUCAGAUUGAAAGCUUGGAUGACCCAAAGAGCCCAGAGGCUUCAGACCCGCUGUCAAGAAAAGGGAGAUGUGUUGAUCCCCACCUGAGGCAGUUGUACACAGACCCUCCGAUGGUGCUGAUGCCAGUGUUUAAUGCAUGGGAGAAGGAAUAUCGAGCUGAGGUUCCGUUUGAUGUGAUAACCAUUCGUAUCCGGCCAGAACCAGUCAGCCCUCAUUGCCACAUUCACCUGGAUGAACAUCUUGGGCCCAGGAUGGCAAACUACCCGGUUGGCCUGGGCAACAGCAGAAUCAACAUUCUGGUGAUGGACGAAUCAGAGGCUGAACCCGUCGUCAUGACGAUAUACACUCUGCACAUAUACCGCGAAAGCAGGCCCAGUCUGCCAAUGUUUGAUGAGUAUGUGAUGUGCAGCUUCAUGCAGGACUGUGGCCUGGUGGUCAGACCAGAUCAGCCCUGCGGUUUGGAGCCCAUUCCAGGGACGAGAUCUUCAGAAGAGGCCCAGGCCUCACCUCAGCCUUGCCUCUCAGGAGAUGAACCUGGUCGUUGGGUCGUCCCAUGCCUGAGCUGUUCAGACAACAGGACUUGUGAUUGGAGAGAGGUUGCCUGGCAGCCCGACAGCUGUUAUCACCCCUUGUUGGACCAACCUCAGUUGCAAACCUGCAUGAUGGACCGGAAGGUCCUGUUUAUCGGCGACUCCACCAAUCGAGGGAUGAUGUACUACCUGAUGGAGAGGGUGAACACUACUCUGGAGGACUGGGACAAGGCCCACGACACCAUCGUCUACCACAACCUGAAUCAGGGCAGAACUAGCGCCAGCUACUCCUACUACCCACAAUUCUGGCUGCCGAAGGCCCAGAGACCCACUUUCCAAAGAGCUCUGCAGCAGCUUCUAGAAAGUGGCAAAGGCCUUGUUAACACACUGAAUGACUUUGGCAGUGUGUUUGAUGGUGGGAUGUGGGCUGCAUGUGGUUGGGAGGCCGUUUGUCAGAUCAGAGUAUGUCAGCAGGGACGGGAGGGUCUUGAGAAAAUCGUGGUGGUGGUGAAGUCUUUAGGAAUGGGUUUCCAUCUGCCUGUGGAUGGUAUUCGCUCCCUUCCACUGAAUGGAGUGCAAGAACUCUAUAAUGUGAACAAGAAUAUUCUGGAAAGUGCCAAGCAUCUUGGAUAUGAGGUCAUGUGACAGUAAAAAAUACUUCUACAUUGUUACAAAAAAAAUCUAUUUCAAAUAAACACUGUCUAUAAGCUUCCCUUUCCAACUGCUGCUUCCCAAAGAAAGUUAAAGAUCUUUAGGGUUGGUGGAGAAAGCAGGAAUCCGACCAAUGAGCAGACGGGGCCUCAAGAGCACAAGGAACCGUCGUCUCAACCUGACGUGUCCUACCACGUAAAGGGACCAGUGAACGCGGUGUAUUCGGAAAUCCUUCUCAGCAGGAUAUGUGUGAAUCACGCCGUCAACGGGACCAUUCGCCAACAGUGACAAAAAGGACAAUUAGCGGCUGGUGACGCUAACCUGUGCGUGUUUUUCAGGUGUGUGUCUGUAUGAUUAGCUGUGAAUAUGUAUAUGUGUUGAGAAAUCUGCGUAAAAGGUCUAAACUGUGCACACCGAAUGGUCUGAAUCUACUUAACCAUAUGCUGGAUCAAAGUGGUAAAUUGGAGGACGAGUUAGGUAGGUGUCGGUUUGCGCAUAUGUGUUUUAGUGUAGAGCGAUCCAGAUGGAAAAGGGGUGUGAGGGGGUUCAAUGAGACCUCCUGAAGCCCUGCCAAAAUGACUUUGGCAGCUGCGGCUUAAGGGCAGGCAGUGGCUGCGGUGCGACGCUGUAGAAAAAUAACAGACGGUUGCACGGACCCUUCAAACAGCCUUAUGAAAGCUUUCCUACAAUGCUCAUGCAACGUUCCCACAAUGCUGCUACUGCUGAACCACGGGCUGAAACGUUCCCAGUAUGUUUCGCGGCUGCUGUGGAGUGCCUUUGAUGUCACCCUGCUUCACAUUGUCACUUUUGUGGAAGCUCGGGCAACGUUUUGAAGUCUAGCUUUACACCGCCUUUCCUUCACAUGCCAGGUUCACAAGUAUUUAUGAAGUAUUUUCUAUGCCAAAGGUCUUAUGAAGUAUAUUGUAUGUUAUAGUAUUACUGUCUUAUGUUCCUCAUACAUUUAUUUUUCUACCAGUGUUUUCCAGUGCCUUUAAUAAUAAUCCGUGUAAAAUGUUAUAAAUGCUGUUUACAAAAAAGAUAUUUAUACUGUUUUGAUGGUAAACAUUUUUAUAUUGUUGCUGGGUUUACUCUAAAUUGCUGGAAUGCAUGAUGUUUCAUUUGUCCAUAAUUUACGUUAAACAGGAAGUGGCUUUUGAGGAGAGAAAAUUAGUAGGAUUAAUUUGAAAAAUCCCAUAAAAUUGAUCUUCCCACCAGUUGUUAAGCUGAGCUCAGAAUGGGCACGUACGCUAUUAAGUGAAAUGAAAUCACAUGAAACUAUGUGUUGACCUGUUAAUAUUCCGCAGUGCGUGAUAACUCUCUUUUUGAUAUGUCAGAAUUUUAGGGUCAAAUUAUUUGGAUGUUUAUGAAGAGCUAUGCCAAGAUAUUCAUCUGUGUCGCCUGUGCAUGAAAUGUAUGAUUCCAACAAUCAUGAUGAAUAUCACUUA